GGCGUGCAAAGUACCCGGAGUGUGCAUAGCCACAAGCGCAGUUCAGCUGUCCCUUCUAGACAUGCAUUCAUUGGUCCUGUUGGCGUUGCUUGGCGUUAUUAACGUAGCCUAUGGUGGCUAUCCCUUUUACGGCUAUGGCUACGGACAUGGACAUGGGCACGGAUAUGGCUACGGACAUGGAUACGGUCACGGCCAUGGUUAUGGUCACGGCCAUGGAUAUGGUCACGGUGUCGCGCUGGCACCUGCUGUUGCGGCAGUUCCUGUAGCCGUGGCUGCUCCAGUGGUCGCUCCAGUGGCCGUAUCGGCAUCGUACGCCAAGACAAUUCACCCAGCUCCCCUUUAUCAUGGCUACGGUUACGGACUGGGCUACGGGCAUGGAUUGGGUUAUGGACACCGUGCUUAUGGCUACGGCGUCGGAAUUGCUCAUGGUUACGGCCAUGGUUACGGCCAUGGUUAUGGACAUCACCGUUAGUGCAAAUAUAUUUAUGUUUAAAAGACAA